AUGACUGACUUUGGCACCCAAAUGCGGAUACGGCUCCCCUUGGCCUGCAUCAUCCUGGAGAUCAUCCUCAUCAUCCUGUUUGGUGUCCUGGUGCAGUACGACCAUGAGACAGACGCCAAACUCUGGCACAAAGAGCUGGCCAAAAACGACUCCCACGCCCAAAACUAUGACAAUGACUUCUAUUACCGCUACCCAAGUUUCCAGGACGUCCAUGUGAUGAUCUUCGUCGGUUUCGGGUUCCUCAUGACAUUCCUGCAGCGUUAUGGCUUCAGCAGCGUGGGCUUUAAUUUUCUCAUCGCUGCCAUGUCCCUGCAAUGGGCCACUCUCAUGCAGGGCUUUUUCCACGGCAUGCAUCACGGCAAGAUCCACAUUGGUGUGGAGAGCAUGAUCAAUGCAGACUUCUGCACCGGCUCUGUGCUCAUCUCAUUCGGGGCUGUGCUGGGGAAAACCAGCCCGGUCCAGCUGCUUGUCAUGGCCGUGUUUGAGGUCACGCUGUUCGCUAUCAAUGAGUUUAUCGUCCUCAGUAUCCUGGGGGCUAAGGAUGCUGGUGGCUCCAUGACCAUCCACACGUUUGGGGCUUAUUUUGGCCUGGUGGUGGCCAGAGUGCUCUAUCGCCCUAAUCUGGACAAGAGCAAGCACAGGAACUCCUCCGUCUACCACUCAGACUUGUUUGCCAUGAUUGGAACCCUCUACCUCUGGAUGUUCUGGCCUAGUUUUAACUCAGCCAUCACUGCCCAUGGAGAUGACCAGCAUCGCACUGUUAUGAACACAUACUACUCCCUCGCUGCCUGUACACUGGCCACCUAUGCCUUCUCUGCCCUGCUAUGCCAUGAGGGCAAGUUAGACAUGGUGCAUAUUCAGAAUGCUGCCUUGGCUGGGGGUGUUGCCGUAGGAACGGCAGGUGAGAUGAUGCUGACUCCUUUUGGCUCCAUGAUUGUGGGCUUCCUGGCAGGAACCGUCUCGGUGUUCGGCUUCAGAUACCUCUCGCCCAUACUGGAGGAGAAGUUAAAGAUUCAGGACACGUGUGGCGUGCACAACCUGCAUGGCAUGCCUGGGGUCCUGGGAGCCAUUGUGGGAUCUAUUACUGCUGCUCUAGCAACCAUGGAUGUCUAUGGUGAAGGGAUGGCAGAUGUGUUCCCUGAUAUCCACUCUGGUGCAAUCGAUGCCUCACAGCAGGGUGUGAGGCAGAUCAUUUCUCUGGCGGUCACCCUGGGCAUUGCUCUCUUUGGAGGCUUGAUCGUUGGCUUCAUUCUGAAACUGCCGGUCUAUGGAGCUCCACCUGAUACCCACUGCUUUGAGGAUGCAGUGUACUGGGAGGUGCCUGGGGAGGAGGCUGCUCAUGAGGAGCUGACUGCAGUGAAGACAGAGGAGACAGAGAAGCUCAACAGCUAA